AUGUCUAACAGUCUAACAUUCCCAUCAGGCUUCGCCGGCAUGGUCACGGCGGUGGCUGCAUACUCCAUCUGGGGCGGCGACAUGUUUCCCAACGAGCCAGAUCCGACAGGGGAUCCGGAAUCCUGGACGGCGGAAGAGAUGAAGAGAUGGCUUCGUGUUCGAGGACUGUUGCCGAAUGAGAAGGCGACGCGCGAGGAAUUGCUGGAACGGAUCAAGGCCAACCUGCGGGUACCUCGCAAAACAACGUCGGCUGCGUCGCAGUCAUAG